AUGCUGAGGAAUUUCGUGUGCUUUCUUUGGAAUUAUUGGAACAUUGCUACCAUCAGGAUGAUGCGCAAACCUUGCAGUCUGAUCGAUUACUUUAUCUCUUUUCGAGUAUUUUUAUUACCUUAUUUAAGCUGCCAAAUUUUGUUAGCCGAUCUAUGGCAUGGUGGAUUACGUAUACGAAGUCACUCGAAUAUCAAAGUUUUAUGUGGGCUGUUGUUUCCAUUAUCGAUCUUCAUGCUAGAAUUCAAAACUAGGGAAGAACUUCUCAAUCAACCGCAGACAGCCGCCGAGCAUGAACAAGAUCUCAAUGAGAGCAGCAGCUCUUCAAGUUCCAGCUCAAGUUCGUCCGAAGAUUCGAGUUCGAGUAGCUUUGAUGACGAAGAGGAAGAGGAAAAAGUAGUUGCAGUAGUUUGCUCGUCUUUAUUCCUCUUAGCGAUCUGGUCAAAGUUGAACAUCGCUUCAUCUCCGACGCCGCCACCCUAUGGCAAGAAACGAUCGCGACUACCAUCGUAUCGUCUCAAUGGUGUGGUUCCAAAAUCAGAAACGCGAAAAUCAUCUGUUUAUGAAUCCAAUAAUAGCUUGAAAAAACCAGGAUCUAUAGUGGCGGUGACAAAGCAAAGUGAUGACCCGUUCAAUAAUCGCCCUGGAUUUUUAACCACCGUGGGAGCAAAUAUACCUCGAAUGGUAAAAGGCUCAUCAUUUCACUAG